UAGAAUUAUUCGUACUACCCUUGCACUGUUGAGUCUUCAGUCAAUUUCCUGCCAAGAUAGCUAUAAAUACACGUCAAACUGACCGCCCUCCUUCGGAGCCGUACGCAGGCUACUUCCAUCGUGCGUGGCGUGGCGUGGCCAUCUUAGACGCCUCUCGCCGAUGUACUCCUGCCGCAGCGACCGGGACCGCACGGGCGAGGCGGAGCGAGCCCUGGCCUUUAGCGCCCAGUACCAGCCAUGCAACACGGCGACGACGACCUGGGCGCCCGUGCACAUGCAGGCCGCCGGCCAGGUCGACCCAUCGGACGCGCAGCAGCUGCCGCCGCGGCGCCCGAGGAGGAGGCACUCGACCUCGGCGUCGCGCCGGUCGUCCACCACCGUGGUGGCCACCGACGUGUCCAACUUCCGCGCCAAGGUUCAGGAGCUCACCGGCUUCCCGCCGGCCGCCAUCUUCCGGCCUCAGCCGCGUCGAGCCCACGCCACCGCCGCCAGCCACUCCCUGCUGGCCGCCGCGCACGGGUGCGGCGCCGGGGCUCUGCUGCAGGGCCGGAGUUCAGACGCGGCAGCUACCGCCGGCAACGGCAGCCGCGACGUCCCGGCAGUGGUUCAGCCACUGAUGCAUCCGACGCCGGGCUUGUUUGACGGGCUGGCGGACCUCGGAUCGCCGGAGUUUGAUGCUUGGUCUGACUUGUCCUUUGAAUAGUAGACUAUUCAAGCACGCUAGAUUGUCAAUGUAAUCAACUGUGGUUUGGUUUUGUAAUUUCAUCCUGCUCAUGGUUAUGUUUGCGUUUGGCACGUACUAUUUGGAAAAACAAAAGAAUGGUGCAAUGCAGCACAAGUUGUUA